AUGUCAUCGCCACCGGGUGGUCAAAACGACCUACCAAGCUCUACUUUUGGCGAUGAGAACAAUCGAGUCUUUCAGGACAGUCACGAUGGGCUGAACAUUCCAUCGUCUGUACCGCCUGCCCAUCAAUCAUCUCCUCCUUUUUCAUCGAUUGAAGGGGCAUAUGGAGAUGAUACCGGUUCUGGUGGUCAUUCUGGUGCUACACCUGUGUUUCCCAGCUCAUCCAUGGGAAACAUCAAUCGUCAAGCUCAACAGAACCAGGCCUACAGUAGCGAGAGCUUUGCAAGGGAACAAAACGAUAACGGGGGUGAAUUUGAAGACGUCAACUUGCCUUUAGGAGGCGUGAGAACAAGAAAUCUUAACACUAUCAAAAAAGUCGACGAUGUAACCGGUGAAAAAGUUCGUGAGGCGUUCGAAUAUUUCCUGGAAGAUUUCACUUUCGAACCCUCUGAGGACAAUGACCAGCAGGGGCCGGUGAAAGCGUACCGGUCGCAGAUACAGUUUAUGAAGAUUUACGAUCUCAGCACCAUAUACAUCGAUUAUCAGCAUUUAUCGACACGAGAAAAUGGUGUGCUGGCUGCAGCUAUUGCCGAACAAUAUUACCGUUUUUUGCCCUUUUUACAAAGAGGUUUGCGGCGAGUAAUUCGUAAAUAUGCACCGGAACUACUUUUAACAUCUGAUUCGGUCGUCAAUUCUCAAAACUCAGAAAAUCUGAACACCCAGACAGAUACAGGUUUCAAUUCUUUGUCCCAAGGAAGCCAGGCUACUGGUGUGACAGGUGCUGGGACGGGGAAUCCGAGCUCCGGUUUUGCCACAGGUGGAUCCACCACAAGUUCACCAGAACAGACAGAACGCGUUUUCCAGAUAAGCUUUUUCAACUUACCAACAGUUCAUCGUAUUCGUGACAUAAGAGCUGAAAAAAUCGGUUCUUUAAUGUCGAUUUCUGGAACGGUUACCAGAACAUCAGAAGUUCGGCCCGAGCUUUUUAAGGCUAGUUUCUCUUGUGAGAUGUGCCGUGCGGUUGUUGACAAUGUUGAACAGGUUUUCAAAUACACAGAGCCUACUUAUUGCCCUAAUCCCUCUUGUGAAAAUCAGGCGUUUUGGUCCCUCACGGUGGGUAGAUCCAAAUUUUUGAACUGGCAAAAGGUAAGAAUUCAAGAGAAUGCAAAUGAAAUUCCCACAGGUUCGAUGCCCCGGACGAUGGACGUGAUUUUACGGGGCGAUUGCGUGGAAAGGGCAAAACCAGGAGAUAGGUGCAAAUUUACCGGUACAGAGAUAGUUGUACCCGACAUUACCCAGCUUGGACUACCGGGAGUUAAGCCAAGUGGGUCAAUGGAUAAUAGAGGAAUGUCCAGAAGUUCUGAUGGUCUCAACACAGGUGUUAGUGGAUUAAAGAGCUUGGGAGUACGGGAUUUGACGUAUAAGAUCAAUUUCUUGGCUUGUCACGUCAUAUCGACUGGACAACAUAGUGGCAGCGGUGGGUCAAAAGAUCAAGAGGAUAAUGUAGACUUGCUUAACAUGCAAAAUGGUAAUUUUGACAAUGAUGGCGAAAGAGAUCAGGAGAUAUUUUUGAAUAGUUUGGAUUCACAAGAAAUUAACGAGCUUAAAGAAAUGGUUAAAGACGAACAAAUCUACGACAAGUUAGUGAGGUCAAUUGCACCAGCUGUUUUUGGCCAUACGACCGUUAAAAAGGGUAUAUUACUUCAAAUGUUGGGCGGUGUUCACAAGACCACGGUCGAAGGAAUUAACCUGAGAGGUGACAUCAACAUUUGCAUUGUCGGGGACCCAUCGACAUCCAAAUCUCAGUUUUUGAAGUACGUUUGUGGAUUCGCCCCGAGAGCAGUAUACACGUCUGGAAAAGCUUCGUCUGCUGCAGGUUUGACAGCAGCAGUAGUCAAGGACGAAGAGGCUGGGGACUUCACCAUCGAAGCAGGUGCCCUAAUGCUGGCGGACAAUGGAAUUUGUGCUAUCGACGAGUUUGAUAAAAUGGAUCUGUCCGAUCAAGUUGCCAUUCACGAGGCGAUGGAACAGCAGACAAUCUCGAUUGCAAAGGCUGGUAUUCAUGCCACUUUAAACGCGCGGACGUCAAUUCUUGCUGCUGCAAACCCCGUAGGCGGACGCUACAACAGAAAGCUGACCUUGAGAGGUAACCUUAACAUGACGGCCCCUAUUAUGUCGCGUUUUGACCUGUUUUUCGUGGUGCUGGACGAUUGCAACGAAAAGAUCGACACAGAACUUGCUGCGCACAUUGUUGACUUGCACAUGAAAAGAGACGAGGCAAUCGAUCCUCCAUUUACCCCAGAACAAUUGAGACGGUAUAUCAAAUAUGCCAGAACGUUCAAGCCCGUGCUUAACGAAGAGGCACGGACGUACCUAGUGAACAAAUACAAAGAGUUGCGUAAGGACGACGCUCAAGGGUUCAGCAAGUCAAGCUAUAGAAUCACCGUAAGACAACUGGAGAGUAUGAUACGACUUUCAGAGGCAAUCGCACGCGCCAAUUGCGUUGAUGAGAUCACCCCGAUGUUCGUUGCGGAGGCUUUUGACCUGCUGCGACAGAGUAUCAUUCGAGUCGACGUCGAAGACGUCGACGUCACGGGCGAGUCCGACGACGACGAUGACGACAACAUCAACAACAACGAUAGUCAUGGUCCCAACGUUGGACCUACACAGGCCGCUGCUAGCCACACAACAGGCAAUUCUUCGCCUUCACCGCACGGCGAUGCUCCUGCUGACAAGCCCAAGGACAAGACCACCAUUUCCUACGACAGAUACGCCGCAAUGAUCAACCUCAUCGUGCAGAAAGUAGCUCAAGAGGACCGCGACGGCGGUGUAGAGCUGACGGCCACCGCUAUCGUUGAUUGGUAUCUCUUGCAACGUGAAAAUGAGCUCAACAGCGAGGCAGAGUAUUGGCAAGAACGCAAACUGGCCUUCAAAGUGAUCAAAAGACUCGUGAAAGACAAGAUUCUCAUGCAAGUUCACGGCAACAUGUUAGAGCUAGCAGAGCACGAAUCUGCGCAUCCUACGUCCGAAAAGAUCGUCUACGUCAUCCAUCCAAAUUGUGCCGUUCUCGACAGUAUUGUUGGAUCAUCUACCGAAAGAAAUGCUUGA